AUGACACUCGAGGAGCAAAUAGGUGAACUCCAGCAGCAAAAAAACAACCUCCAGCAGCAAAUAAACAACCUCCAGCAGCAAAUAAACAACCUCCAGCAGCAAAUAAACAACCUCCAGCAGCAAAUAAACAACCUCCAGCAGCAAAUAAACAACCUCCAGCAGCAAAUAAACAACCUCCAGCAGCAAAUAAACAACCUCCAGCAGCAAAUAAACAACCUCCAGCAGCAAAUAAACAACCUCCAGCAGCAAAUAAACAACCUCCAGCAGCAAAUAAACAACCUCCAGCAGCAAAUAAACAACCUCCAGCAGCAAAUAAACAACCUCCAGCAGCAAAAAAACAACCUCCAGCAGCAAAAAAACAACCUCCAGCAGCAAAAAAACAACCUCCAGCAGCAAAAAAACAACCUCCAGCAGCAAAAAAACAACCUCCAGCAGCAAAAAAACAACCUCCAGCAGCAAAAAAACAACCUCCAGCAGCAAAAAAACAACCUCCAGCAGCAAAAAACAACCUCCAGCAGCAAAAAAACAACCUCCAGCAGCAAAAAAAACAACUCCAGCAGCAAAAAAACAACUCCAGCAGCAAGAAAAACAACUCCAGCAGCAAGAAAAACAACUCCAGCAGCAAAAAAACAACUCCAGCAGCAAAAAAACAACUCCAGCAGCAAAAAAACAACUCCCAACAGCAAAAAACAACUCCCAACAGCAAAAAACAACUCCCAACAGCAAAAAACAACUCCCAACAGCAGAAAACAACUCCCAACAGCAAAAAACAACUCCCAACAGCAAAAAACAACUCCCAACAACAAAUAA